AUGUCGUCCCUUGGAGCUCAGAUCAGAAGAGCCGUUCCGGAUAUCGAUCCUGUGGUCACCGAUUACGCCAUUGGCUACGUCAACCAUAUCAGUAACUCCACCACCGAUAGUGUGGCUGCCCAACAACUUGAUCUCGAAAACGACAUUGGUUUCGUCAAGAACUUGUUGAAGAGUGCCGGGGCUAACGAAUCCAAACUCGAGAGUCUUGGAGUUUCCCUUCAAACUGCAUUGAAACAACAACUCGAUGACAAUUUCGCCAAGUUGAAGAUCACCGGGGAUACCUCCAAAAGACUUCUUGAUGUCAAUCUUUUGAAAAAUCAAAUGAACCGUCAACUUCAAGGGUCGUUGGCACUUAUUGGUGCUUCCAAAGAUAUCGAACAUAAUGGGAGAAACAUGGAAAGUAGAGUUGAUAAAAAGAAGUUGGAAAAAGCCGAAAAGAAGAUUGCCAAGAAGGUGGCCAAAAGAAACAACAAGUUUGUCAAAUACGAGGCGUCGAAAUUGAUUUCUGACAGUCAAGGAGAUGCUGAUUAUGAUGAAUUCUUCCUCAAGAUCAAUCCUAUGGAAUUCGGUUCCGGGGCUGGGAAAUCCAAAGAUAUUCAUAUCGAUACUUUUGAUUUAUACGUUGGCGAUGGGCAAAGAAUCUUAUCUGACUCGUCAUUGUCUCUUAGUUUUGGUCAUCGUUAUGGUUUGGUCGGGCAGAAUGGUAUUGGUAAAUCUACUUUACUUAGAGCCUUAUCUUGCAGAGAAUUGAACAUUCCUAGUCAUAUCACCAUUUUACACGUUGAACAAGAAUUACGAGGCGACGACACUUUGGCAUUACAAUCGGUGUUAGAUGCCGACGUGUGGAGAAAAAGUUUGUUGAAAGAAGAACGAGAAAUCAAUGACAGAAUUUCUGAAAUCGAAAAAUUAAGAACCGAAUUCGAUGAAGAGUCUCUUGAAGUGAAAAAACUCGAUAACGAAGCUGGGGAUUUGGUGCAACAUUUGGAAGAAGUCCACGAAAAAUUAUCGGAAAUCGAGAGUGAUAAAGCCGAAGGGAGAGCGGCGUCGAUUCUUUUUGGUCUAGGGUUCUCCCAAAAAGCCCAACAUCAACCUACCAAUUCGUUCUCUGGGGGUUGGAGAAUGCGGUUGUCGUUGGCCAGAGCAUUGUUUUGUGAACCAGAUUUGUUACUUUUGGAUGAACCGUCCAAUAUGUUGGAUGUUCCUUCGAUCACAUUUUUGGCAAACUAUUUGCAAACUUAUCCUGCCACGGUGCUUGUGGUUUCUCACGACAGAGCCUUCUUGAACGAUGUGGCCACCGAUAUAAUAUACCAACAUUCCGAACGAUUAGAUUACUACAGAGGUGCUAAUUUCGAUUCGUUCUACUCUACCAAGGAAGAAAGACGUAAAAACGCCAUCAAGGAAUACGAAAACCAAAUGGCGUACAGAAAACACUUGCAAGAAUUCAUUGAUAAGUUCAGAUACAACGCCGCAAAAUCUUCAGAAGCCCAAUCGAGAAUUAAGAAAUUGGAGAAAUUACCGGUAUUAGAACCUCCAGAAGAAGACAAAUCGGUGACGUUCAGAUUCCCGGAAGUCGAGAAACUCAGCGCGCCGAUUGUCCAAUUACAAGAUGUGGUGUUUGGAUACUCUCCUGAUAAAUUAUUAUUGAACGAUGUCAAUUUGGACAUUCGUCUCGAUUCGCGUAUUGCCUUGGUUGGUGCUAACGGGUGUGGUAAGACCACGCUUUUGAAGAUCUUGAUGGAAACAUUGAGACCGAUUGAAGGUCACGUCACCAAGAAUUCCAGACUAAGAAUCGGGUAUUUUGCCCAGCAUCAUGUCGAUGCCAUGGAUUUGACCUUGAACGCCGUGACGUGGUUGUCCAAGACUUAUCCAGGGAAGACUGACGAAGAAUACCGUCGUCAUUUGGGGGCGUUUGGGAUCACCGGUUCUUUGGGGCUUCAAAAAAUGCAACUCUUAUCUGGGGGGCAGAAAUCCAGAGUGGCGUUCGCCGCGUUAUGUUUGGAUAAUCCUCAUGUGUUGGUGUUGGAUGAACCGUCUAACCAUCUUGAUACUGCUGGUUUGGAUGCGCUUGCCGAAGCAUUAAGAUCGUUCGAAGGUGGGGUGCUUAUGGUUUCCCAUGAUGUGAGUAUUAUUAGCAACGUGUGUAAUGAGAUUUGGGUCAGUGAAGAAGGUACCGUGAAGAGAUUUGAUGGUACGAUUUACGAUUAUAAGAAAUACAUUCUUUCUGCUGCCGAUGCGGCUGGGGUGCUUGCCAAACAUUAA